CGUCUCGUUCCUCUCAAAGGACAUUCCCUUCACUGCUUCCACAGGAAAACGGUGUCCUGAGGGCAUUUGGAUCUCGGCUGGUGUCUAAGGUGGAUCAAGGGAGUCUUUUCCCUGCUGUCAUUUGCUGCUGCGGUUUCAGUCGCUUUCCACGCGCGUUAGUAUGGACGCAGAUUAGUUAGUUUUAAUAAGGCUUUACGGGUGUUAUUUAGCUGCAGGGAUCUUUCUUAAAGGCGUAUGAAGAUGGACGUGUUAUUUUAUUUCAUUCUAAUUAAUGGAAUUUAUGCAGCAUCCCCUUCUGAAAGGAAACUGAUGCCGCACAUGCCUAAUGUGUGUGCUGUGCAGGAGGUGAAGCUUGUGGCCCAGAUGCAGCCAUGUGUUCAGGCCUUCACACGGAUGGUUAAAGCCUGGAAACAGGGAUGUCUAGGACAGUCAUGGUGCAUGGGCUACGAGAGGAGAACAGCUUACUAUACUGCAUACAGACAGGUGUAUCGACAGGAGCACCAGACGGUUCACAAGUGCUGUCCAGGAUGGUCACAGCUCAACGGGGAGGCUGGAUGCCUGUAUCCUGCGUGCAGUUUUGGCGUGUGUUUUAAUGGAGGUCGGUGCACAGAAGGGUCUGCUCAACUCUGCCACUGUUCGGCUGGAUUCAGUGGUCCGAGCUGCCAGUAUGAUGUAAACGAGUGUGAAGAGACCAAUGGAGGAUGUGAAGCUCUUUGCUGUAACACCAUUGGCAGUUUCUACUGCAAGUGUCCCGUGGGUCAAGAGCUCAAAGAAGAUGGCAGGACCUGUCAGCUCACCAUCCUGCAGGACUCUGAGCGAAUCCUGGAGCGGUACGCCAGUGACUCACAGGCAGUGGCGCUGAGAGGCCAGUUCAGAGGCGGCUUACUCCAGAGAGUUCACUAUCCGGCAUGUCCAGAUGGCUGGUUCAGCAGGAAUUGCUCAUUGGGCUGUAAGUGUAUGAACAGUGGUGUGUGGCAGUCCUGUCACCCGGGAGCUGCCACUGUCACAGGUGUCAUUGGAGGCUGUGUCAGGAUGAAGUGCCCAAAAGUCUCUGGGGUGCUGGAUGGGAGGCAGUGUCCACAUGAUGUAUGGAAGAGCGGAGAGCCCGUUGUGACCGUGAGCCGGCUCGAUGUGUCUGUCUCCUGGAUUCAUUGGCAGACUGUGCCAGAUCCGCGCCGGAUGGGCUGCCAGCUCAGAUGUACCUGUGACCAAUGGAGGCGAUGCCAUCCCUCUUGGGGCUUUGUCCCUCCAGGCUGGACAGGCCACAACUGCAGGAAAGUCUGUGACAUGGGCAGCUGAGGUCUGGACUGUGAUGUGUGUGACUGUGGAGUGUGUGAUGCUCAGACCGGACACUGUCUUUGCAGGGCAGGGUUCACGGACCACUGUGACCAGAAAUGCCCUGGUUGCAUUGGCCUGGGUUGCAAGCAUCACUGCCAGUGUAAAAACCAGGCGUCAUGUGACCAUGUGGGGUGGGCUUGCACCUGUAAGACUGGCUGGACCGGAGCACUGCUGAAAAUGCUCACGAUUCCUGUCCACAGGAGUUUCUAUAGUCUGGACUGCAUGGAGUGUGUGUGCAGGCAGGGUCUCUGUGAUCAUAUCAGUGGUGUAUGUGCCUGUCGGCCCGGCUGGAUGGCCUGUAACCAAACAUGUCCUACUGGAUUGUAUGGAGUGAGCUGUUCUCAGACUUGUGUUUGUCACAAUAACAGCAGCUGUGAUGCUAUAAGCGGUCAGUGUGAGUGCAGUGCGGGGUGGACGGGAAGCACCUGCUCCUGGCGUUGUUCUCCAGGUUUCUUCGAGGACAGGCUGUGCUCAGAGAGUGUCUGUGUCAGAGUGGGGCUUCAGUGUGACCCUGACAGUGGACGCUGCUUCUGUCCCAGUGGAUGGACAGGUUCAGCUUGUGAACUGGAAUGUCCAGGAGGUCAGUUGGGGCAGACUGUCAGGAGAUGUGAGUGUCUAAACGAUGCUCAGUGUGACGGACAGACGGGUCAGUGUGUUUGUCAGCCAGGCUGGACGGGACAGCGCUGUGAGAACAUGUGUAUUAGGCGGUUUGGAGUCGACUGUGAGGGCCGGUGUGAGUCAGACCAUGGCGCUGCCUGUCAUCAUGUGAGUGGACAGUGUUUCUGUCCUGCAGGAUGGAGAGGAAGACACUGUGAGAAAGCAUGUUUGCCGGGCUUAUACGGUCAGGACUGUGUCCAGCGCUGCUCCUGCCCCGGGGCGCCAUGCCAUCACGUGACGGGACGCUGCGGCUGUUCUCCUGGCUUCACAGGCAAUGGCUGCGAGCAUAACUGUCUGCCCGGCACCUUCGGCAUCGACUGUAAUCAGCUCUGUCAGUGUUCAGAAAGAAACCAGCUGUGCCACCCGGUGUCUGGAACAUGUUACUGCGCGCCUGGAUUCACAGGACCCAAGUGUGAAGAGCUGUGUGCUAAAGGUUUCCACGGUCCCGGCUGCAAGUAGAAGCGUUGUCAGUGUCUGAGCGAAGGUGUCUGUCUUCGGUCUCAGGUUCCUGCAGUGUCCGCCGGAUUCAUCGGGGCCCGCUGUCAUCUCAGUAAAAUGUCCAGUGGGGACGCCGGGCCGGACUGUGGUCAUGUGGCCAUCUGCAGGGUAGGUGUGAGGAAUGAUCCGGUCACCGGGCGAUGUGAGGCAGAGGAAGUGUGUCCCGCCGGCCGCUUUGGAGUGGGCUGCUCUCAGCGCUGUGACUGCAAUAACAGAGGCCUGUGUGACACCGUCUCUGGAAACUGUUCAUGUGGCCUCGGCUGGACCGGCUCACGUUGUGAGAGAGAGUGUGUCGAGGGUCGCUUUGGUCCUGACUGUGCUCUGCAGUGUUUAUGUCAGAAUAACAGCACAUGUGACCGAAUGACAGGAAGCUGCCGCUGUCAGCUGGGAUACUACGGUCAUCUUUGUCAACACGCAUGUCCUGCCGGUCUCUUCGGCUCUGGCUGUCAGCAGCUCUGUGACUGUAUGAAUGGGGCUUCAUGUGACCCCAGAACCGGACAGUGUCUCUGUCCUCUGGAUAUGACGCUCUCGCUGUGAGAGAGGUUAGAUCAUCAUCUUCAUCAAGGCACAUUCGGCGAGAGCUGCUCUGGGUCGUGUGACUGUGAAGAGGGCACUCCGUGUGACCCUGUGAGCGGCAGCUGUAUCUGUGCCUCAGGACGGACAGGGGUCAGGUGUGAUAGUGACUGCAGCAUGAUGCGGUUCGGACCCGACUGUGCUCUCAGCUGUGAAUGUGAGAACGGAGCGCUGUGUGACCCUCGAAAUGGACGCUGCCUGUGUCUGAACAAUUGGAUCGGCCUCACAUGCUCACAACGUAAACCUGCUUCACACAGUCAGAGUUUGAAAGAAACACACUCUCUAGCUAGUUUGGUAGCCAAUUCAGGCAAAAACACUCACACGCCUCAAGGCCCUAGCACAACGCACAAUUUUUGCGUGCCUUUUCCCACUUUUUAUUAUUCAUCAUCAUGCUGAAAAUCUGUAGUUUUUUUAAAUUUGUUUAUAAUCACUGCCAAAAA